CUUGCUACAUCCACAUAUUCACUCCGUACUUCUUUCUAUAUAAUAAUAACCUCUCCGUUAUUCUCGCAAAUCUCAAUACUUGCAUAAACGCAUCACUGUCAACCAUGUCCACUCCACUCCCAAAGAAUGCACACAUCUCGCAGCAUCCAUGUCUCCAGGCGAAGCUCUCGCAGCUCCGGUCCGCUUCCACGACAACGCAGCAGGUGCAGACGCUGGUGCACGAGAUUGCCCUGAUGGUGGGAUACGAGGCCCUCGCUGGUGGACUCAGCGUUAGGGAAGACGGAGAGGACACCUCCCCGCUCGGCUACACCUACACCCGACACACCACCACGCCGUCCCCCCAAAAGAUCUCCCUCGUUCCCAUCCUCCGCUCCGGCCUCUCCAUGACGCCCGCCCUGAGCUCGCUUCUCCCCUCCCCCGUCCCGAUCCACCACCUCGGCCUCUACCGCGAGAAAUCCACCCUCCAGCCCGUGGAAUACUACAACAACCUCCCCUACCACUCGCCCACUGCGUCCAACCCCUCGGCCGCGGGACCCGCCGAGCUGGCCAUCAUCGUGGACCCGGUGAUUGCGACGGGCUCGACCAUGUGCGCGGCGAUAGAGACGCUGCGGGACUGGGGGGUGAAGAGGAUCAUUGCGGUGGCGGUAUUGGCGACGAGGGCGGGUUUGGAGAAGGCGUGCGCCGAGUGGAAGGAAGGGGUCGAGGUGUGGGUCGGUGGGUGUGAUGAGUCGGUGGAUGAGAAGGGCAUGAUUAAGCCGGGGUUGGGAGAUAUUGGCGAUAGGCUGUUUUUGACGAUUGGGAAGUAGGAGUAUGUGAGGAGGGGGAGCAAUCGACAGAAAACAUAAUAAUCAAUAGAUACGUCUACUCCACGCUUCUCACUCCACUUCCUUUAACCUUUUUUUUCCCUCUUUCUCUGUCUUCCCAAAACUACAGCUUACACACCUUCCCACCGCAUUCCGUCAUGGUAUGCACAUAUCUCAGCUUUCCCCCCUCCAGCCGAAACUCGUGGCUAUCCGCCGCAUUCAUCAUGUGUUCCCACACGCAAAAGAUGCUCACGCUCCCCAUGGCCUCGUCAAUGACGUACCGCCUGUGCGUAUUUGGCGGCUGCGAGUGGUUACUCGGGAUCCCCGGCGUGCAGCUAUCGGUGGGGAGGCCUUUCCCUUUGGCGAGUCUUAGUUCGGAGGAAGAGCCGAUUGUAGAAGACGAAGAAGAAG